AUCCGCUAACAGGCUGAGUUCGCUGGUGGCGCGCGCGCUGCUGUGUCCGCGCCGAGCCCUCGCCGCGCAGCUCUCCGCCUUGCCCGUGGCCACCCAGGAGAAAGCAAAGAGUCACCCCUUCAAAAUCAUCCCUGGUGUUUGUGAGACUUGCAGUGCUCCUAGGCUACAACAGAAAAUGACAGCUCUAAAGCAAGCUUAAUAUGGGAUUCUGUCCUUAACUGUUCCCAAUUUGAAAACCAUUAGAAGAUAUUCUGCCAUUCUGUUGGAUUACUUUGUAUACAGCUCAGCAUGUCAUUUUACCCUGGAUUUUAUAUGGUGGCCAUGAUUUAAUUCCCACUUCCUAUUUCUAUGUAUUAGUGAAGCAUUGGUGCUCUUAAGAGCUGCUUUUACUUGCCUGGAAACUGAUCUUGAAUCCGUUCUCAAAAGGACUAGACGUUACUAGCAAUGAGCUCCCAAAGCCAUCCAGAUGGGCUUUCUGGCAGAGACCAGCCAGUAGAGCUGUUGAAUCCACCUAGAGUGAACCACAUGCCUAGCUCUGUUGAUGUGACUACAGCACUGCCCUUGCAAGUUGCACCAACUUCAGUCCCAAUGGACCUCCGCUUGGACCACCAGUUUUCCAUGCCCGUGACGGAACCAACGCUCCGAGAGCAGCAGCUCCAGCAGGAGCUUCUGGCCCUCAAGCAGAAGCAGCAGAUCCAGAGGCAAAUUCUCAUAGCUGAGUUUCAGAGGCAACACGAGCAGCUCUCCCGGCAGCAUGAGGCUCAGCUGCAUGAGCACAUCAAACAGCAGCAGGAGAUGCUGGCAAUGAAGCAUCAGCAGGAACUCUUGGAGCACCAGAGGAAGCUGGAGCAACACCGGCAGGAGCAAGAACUGGAGAAGCAGCAUCGAGAGCAAAAGCUUCAGCAGCUAAAAAACAAAGAGAAAGGAAAAGAGAGUGCAGUGGCAAGCACAGAAGUAAAGAUGAAGUUGCAAGAAUUUGUCUUGAAUAAAAAGAAAGCUUUGGCACACCGGAAUCUCAACCAUUGUAUAUCCAGUGAUCCUCGCUUCUGGUAUGGGAAGACCCAACACAGUUCUCUGGACCAGAGUUCCCCACCCCAAAGCGGAGUAUCCGGCACCUACAACCACCCUGUCCUGGGCAUGUAUGAUUCCAAAGAUGACUUCCCUCUUAGAAAAACAGCAUCUGAACCCAAUCUGAAACUACGAUCCAGACUAAAGCAAAAAGUGGCCGAAAGACGGAGCAGCCCCCUCUUGCGUAGAAAAGAUGGUCCAGUGGUUACCGCUCUUAAGAAGCGUCCAUUGGAUGUCACAGACUCUGCAUGCAACAGUGCUCCUGGAUCUGGUCCCAGCUCUCCAAACAACAGCUCCAACAACAUAAGUGCUGAGAAUGGAAUUACAGGAUCGGUCACAAGUAUUCAAGCAGAGACCAGCCUGGCUCACAGACUGGUGAAUCGUGAAGGCUCCGUGACCCAGCUACCGCUCUACACGUCGCCAUCGUUGCCCAACAUCACGCUAGGGCUGCCUGCGACCGGCCCUUCCAGUGGAGGAUCAGCACAGCAGGACGCAGAGAGGCUUGCUCUCCCUGCCUUACAACAGCGGAUCUCUUUGUUCCCCGGCACCCACCUCACUCCCUACUUGAGCACUACAACGCUGGAAAGAGAUGGGGGAACUGCACAUAACCCCCUUCUGCAACACAUGGUCCUACUGGAACAGCCGACUGCACAAACUCCCCUGGUCACAGACUGGUAUCUUUCAGGACUGCCCCUCCAUGCACAGUCUCUGGUUGGUGGAGAACGGGUCUCCCCUUCAAUACACAAACUCCGGCAGCAUCGCCCGCUGGGGCGCACACAGUCUGCUCCCCUUCCCCAGAACGCCCAGGCCCUCCAGCAGUUAGUGAUCCAGCAGCAGCAUCAGCAGUUUUUGGAGAAACAUAAACAGCAAUUCCAGCAACAGCAACUGCACAUCAACAAGAUCAUAUCAAAACCCAACGAGCCAGCUCGCCAGCAUGAAAGCCACCCUGAGGAGACAGAAGAAGAGUUAAGGGAACACCAAGCCCUUCUGGAGGAGCCAUACAGUGAGAGAGUUGCGAGCCAGAAGGAGGCCCCAGGGUUGGCCAACAUGGUGCAAGUGAAGCAGGAACCCAUUGAGAGUGAUGAGGAGGAAGCAGAUCCACAGCAGGAGCUGGAGCCUGGUCAGAGGCAGGCUGAACAGGAGCUGCUCUUUCGUCAGCAAGCCCUCCUGCUGGAGCAGCAACGCAUUCACCAGCUGAGAAACUACCAGGCAUCGCUGGAGGCAGCUGGCAUGCCGGUCUCUUUUGGAGGACAUCGGCCUUUGUCCCGUGCACAAUCCUCACCUGCCUCAGCCACCUUCCCUAUGUCUGUACAGGAGCCACCCACUAAGCCAAGGUUCACAACAGGCCUUGUGUACGACACCUUGAUGCUGAAACAUCAGUGUACCUGUGGAAACACAAACAGCCACCCAGAACACGCAGGGCGAAUUCAGAGCAUCUGGUCCCGGCUCCAGGAGACAGGUCUCCGUGGCAAGUGCGAGUGUAUCCGUGGAAGAAAAGCAACUCUAGAGGAGCUUCAGACAGUUCACUCGGAAGCCCACACACUGCUGUACGGCACAAACCCUCUGAACAGACAGAAACUGGACAGCAAGAAACUUCUAGGUUCUCUAACGUCAAUGUUUGUCAGGCUUCCUUGUGGUGGUGUCGGGGUUGACAGCGACACAAUUUGGAAUGAAGUUCACUCAUCUGGUGCUGCUCGCCUGGCUGUGGGCUGUGUCAUCGAACUUGUUUUUAAAGUAGCCACCGGAGAAUUGAAGAAUGGAUUUGCUGUUGUUCGACCUCCAGGUCACCAUGCAGAAGAAAGCACACCCAUGGGUUUCUGCUACUUUAACUCCGUGGCAAUUGCAGCCAAGCUGCUCCAGCAAAGACUGAAUGUUAGCAAAAUUCUUAUAGUGGACUGGGAUGUACACCACGGAAAUGGUACUCAGCAAGCUUUCUACAAUGAUCCUAAUGUUCUUUAUAUUUCGCUACAUCGCUAUGAUGAUGGGAACUUCUUCCCAGGCAGUGGUGCUCCUGAUGAGGUUGGCACAGGAGCAGGAGUUGGCUUCAAUGUUAACAUGGCCUUUACUGGUGGCCUUGACCCACCGAUGGGAGAUACAGAAUACUUAACUGCUUUCAGAACGGUAGUAAUGCCUAUUGCCAAUGAAUUUGCCCCAGAUGUUGUGCUGGUGUCAUCUGGUUUUGACGCAGUGGAAGGCCAUCCUACACCGCUUGGAGGAUAUAAUCUAUCAGCAAAAUGCUUUGGGUACCUGACGAAGCAGCUGAUGGGCCUGGCCGGAGGUCGCGUCGUUCUGGCCCUCGAAGGAGGCCAUGACCUGACCGCCAUUUGCGACGCCUCAGAAGCAUGUGUUUCUGCUUUGCUGGGAAACGAGCUUGACCCUCUUCCAGAAAAGGUUUUCCAGCAGAGAGCAAAUGCUAAUGCAGUCCAUUCCAUGGAGAAAGUCAUCGAGAUACACAGCAAGUAUUGGCAUUCACUCCAGCGUUAUGCCUCCACAGUGGGGUACUCUUUGGUUGAGGCUCAGAAGUGUGAGAACGAAGAAGCAGAGACUGUAACAGCCAUGGCAUCUUUGUCGGUAGGCGUGAAGCCAGCUGAGAAGAGACCUGAUGAUGAACCCAUGGAAGAGGAACCUCCUCUGUAGCAUUCACCUUUGAGCUGGAGUUCUCCUGUUUGUUUGUCUUUGUCUUGAAGCUCUGCCAAGAAGCUUUCUCUUGUUACUCCUGCGUCCUGUCAUGGUUUUUUCCAGAAUACAGAAGGACAACCAGGUGUAAAACAAAGCAACCGAAAAAUCUCUCCAUAUCUAUAUGCAUCUACAGUAUAUACUUGCUGAAAAAGAAAAAUGCUGGUGAAGAGCAGUAAAGGACUGACAUGCUGGGCACUCUUCCUCUGAUCCUCACUUGGAGCUGAAAGGGGGAAUGACGCCCAUGAAGUCUUUGGCAGAGUUGCCAAAAAGUAGAAAUCAAAGAUUCAACACCACAUAUGAAAAUAAAACAAACAAACCUUAAUUUAAAACUGGUGCUUACAAUUUGAUUACCCACAAUUCAGCAAUCUCCGCUUGAACCACUCAACCCGUCUUGUAGUUUCAUUUCUUGGAUUUUUUAAGUGGCUCUUGCCUGCCUGUGAGUCAAAGACAUUCUUGUUGAAACCAGAACAAUGUGAAAUGGUGUAUUUUUAAUGGUGAAGGAAAGGGAAAGAGGACUAGUCUUAUAUCUAAA